ACGUCUGACUGCAAUUGCUGCGCGCGUGACAGCUCGUGCCUAUCGUAUCCGUGUGUCACGAUCAGCGCAAGCUUUGCGCGUAAGGCUCAUGCUCUUGCUCAGUUCAAACAGUUGAAACGGCCAGCAAACCUUCAUGAGUAUCGACACGCCCAAACCGUGAAGGCGCAGGAUUAGCUAUGGACGAUCCGCAAGUGGACGAUAGCUCUCUUGCGGAGUCUAGCUGCUUCGAGAUGGGUGAUGACGUGUUGACAGGCAGGAUGGACCAAUUAGGGAGCUUUCGCUUCCUGAUACCUGCUCAACUCCAGUCGCUCCGUGACUACGAGCAGCACAUCAUAUUGCUUCGGCGUGACAAUCUGCGGUUACGGUUGCGACUUUACUUCCUGGUGAGGCAGGACCACUAUGAACCCAUUGAAAAUAAUCCUGAUGCUACUGCACAGCUCACAGAAUUGAUGGUGCUUCCAGACUGCCCCUCAUUUAGCAGUGUAACAGCGAUGUUCAGAUUUAGAAUGGUGUUGUUUUCUGCCCUUGACUUCCUGGGCAGUGAUGUGAUAGCCGCGGCAAACUGCGCCAAGUGUUGA